GCUUAUGUUAGCAAGGGAACUUUGUGGGUUGGAAAAACGAUAGACGCUUUCCAGCUAGUCACUGCGUAUAUUCUUCAAACGGUGGGACUUGCACUGACAGUAAACUUCACUGUAGUUUGCUAGCAAGUUAAGGCAGGUUCGUCAUGACAUAUUGUAACAUCGUUACUGGAGCUGCAUUUCUGAUGAUUUCGGAAAACAUCUUAGUAAAGGCUGUUCUACAGAACCCCAUCACUUGCUGUGGGUCCAUGCUGAGAAGCAAUGAAAGCUGUAUGAAUGCCACUCAUUGCGAUUCAGGCUGCCAUUUACACGUUCUGGAGAACAAUACCUCAGUGUGUUUAUCGUGUGACUCCGUGGUCCCGGAGCAGGGCACCCCUACAGCCUGCAACCACACAAGAAGCAAUGUUACCACAAAAUCUACAAUUGUUAACCUUGGUGGACCAGGUGUAGCAGCCUCUCUCCUCCUCGGCACGCUGCUGAUCAGCCUCUUCCUGAUCCUGUCGGUUGCCUCCUUCUUCUACCUCAAGCGUUCAAACCAGCUGCCUGGGGUUUUCUACAGACGCAACAAAGCGGCAUUCAUAUUCCAGCCCAGCGAAGCAGCGGUCAUGAUGCCUUCUGCUGGAUCCUCAGUAAGGAAACCCAGAUAUGUGAGAAGGGAAAGACCCUCUGCGGCUUCAGCAUCGCACAGUGCAGCUGUGUCCACCGGGCCGGUCACUAGGAUUCACGACGUCUAAUGGGAGGUCCUGAUAGGAAGGAGCUCUCAUGUCAGGGUGUCUCAGAGAGAUGUGUUCCUCUCUUGUCUAAUUGCUUUGUUGUCCUCAUCACUGUUAAGAAUGUCCCAUUGGCACUGAAUUUUGACCAAAACCUAAGUCGUCGACCAGUUCUCAUUGUCAUGCUUGUGCUUGAUUUUAACGGUCACGGAUUCAUAGGAGCUGGAGUUAUUUAUUGAUAGUGUUUCCAUUCCUUUCUGUGUUUGUAUGUCUAGAAGAAGCAACACCAUUUGAUUUGGGUUCAGUUGUUGCAUGUUGAGCUAUUUAUCUUGUGAUGAACAAGUGAUUGUGUGUCUGUCAGUAGUUUAUUGUAACCUCUUGUUGUGUAUUUUGUUUUUUUUAGCAGUGAACCAAAAUUAGUUAUAAUACCAAGUUUGCACAUUUGAAUCACAUAUGCACUGAAGUGACCAAAAACUGUCCCUCUGCACUGGAUAACAAGAUAUCUCCAGAGACCAAUCAUGAAUGCUCAUAGUGCAGUGGGCAAAAUGACAAAUUAUGGCCAAAAUAGGAUUAAGAAAAAAAAAAACUUUCUUGAUGGAAAGAUUUCAUACAUGCAUGGAGCUGAGUGGCAGUUGAAAUUAACACAUUUCAGAUGUAUGCCUGUAAGCAUGUGGUUCCAAUGGGAGCAGGGAGGAUGCUAUCUCUUUCCACUGUUUCUUUACCAUCUACUCCUACCCAGCUGUGCCUACAUUAUUAAGCCAUUACGUAUCCACACCAGCCUUACAUGCUUUAGAAGAAAGGUUUGCUUCUCUCAACUUGGGCUGCUGAGCCAGAUUGCCUAAAACCUUUGAGAUAUAACAGUGACCAGUGACCAGUGCCCCCCAGCUUAAUAUCUCCAUAAUCUUCAAGGCGCAAAGAGCUGUCAGUCUGAAUGAAUCAAUAUGAAUGAACUUAUUUACCAGAUGGCUUUGUUUUUUGUUAAUUGAAAAUAGCACUUUUAAUGAAUGCCAACCCUGUGCCAAUGAAGGUGAUAUGCACUGUUUUACAACUUCAUGGAAGGGCUGAGUAGGCUCCCAAUGUGAUCUCCCCUUGUCUUUGUUGACAGGAUUUUUUUUUUGUUUAAUUAUUAUUAUCUUUUAAUCUUUGAAAUGUGAUUAUCAGUCUAUUAUUUUUGGGUCACUCAGUUGGUUUUUCGUGUUUUUCGGUAAGUUACAUAUUUUUGGCAGUUGAAGUAUGCUGGCUGACCAAUAGCCGAUAACAUGAACAUGAUGUAUCAACCAAAAUUCACAGAUUGCUUUUCACCGACAUUUAGUUUGUAUCUCGUUGAUCUUUAUCUUAGCUGUUGUACAGCCAUUAGGAACCUUGUACAAUUGUACAUAGUCUUUUUUUUAAUGAGGUGAUGUAUGGGUUUAAUUUUUAAUGUCUUAUAUUUUGUAUGCUUGAAUGCUGAUUAUGUGGAUCAUUAGAAGACAGAGGAAUGUCACUAGCAAGGUAUGACGAAUAAAAUUCUUCCAUGAUAA